AUGGGGAAUACGGACUCUAAACUUAAUUCCCUGUAUAAGGAGCAUCUGUUGAAACUAGCCAGACCUGAAAUCACGUCUAUUGACAACUCUCAAAAUGGCGUCAUUUGUCUUUUCAAUCCAGAAUACUCUUUGAGAGAGAUUAUAGAUCUAUAUAACAACAGAGGCAACAUAACACCCGACAAGAGUUUAAAGCAUACUUCUGACAAUCACAGUACCUCCAUUGAGGAUAAUCUAUUCACAGACUAUUACAAGAAUUUCUUGAAGUUUGACUUCCAAAAAAUUGACAAUUUUAAUGACUUGAUUUCGAAAGAUGAACUGCGAACAAUAUACAAGAAUAACAAGGAGAAUUAUUUAAACCUGAUAAGGUUUGUUAUCCUAAAAAUAAUACUAAUACCAUCAAUAUUUGGGAAUACUCAGAAUAAAUCCUCUUUCAAUAAACUAUUCAAACAACUCCUCACAUGUAUUAAAAUAUUAACGAAGCUAGUGCCCGUAUACUUAGAAAAUAUUGUUAAUGGUGAGAAGGAUAUAUUAUGGGACACAUCCCCUGAUGCCCUGUUCGGAGAACAUAUCCCAGAUACUGACCUAAUUCCUGUAUCAAUGACCUCCGCCUUAAAGACUUCUUUAGAUAUGCCAACUGCAGAUUUGGCAUCCCCUCAUAUGGAACGUCCACUUGGUGCUGCACUACUAGAUUCUUGCCUAAAUCUUCUUUUCAUUGAGGAUUUCACAGUCUCUUCUUCUUCUGAUACUUCACAAAAGACUGGCGACCUCACAAUGAUUUUGUGGGAAAAUGGGAUAAAUACUUAUGAUACAUCUUAUUAUACACAAUUUGUCCACUUGGAUGCAAACAGGCUGCAAAUUAUAGAAUUACUUUUGGCAUUGGUAUCAAUUGAUAUUUACCUUCCAGUAAAUUCUGACGGUUUUAAAGCCAAAGAUAAGAUCAAAAACAAAUACCUAGAUUAUAUGAAAUAUGAAGCAAGAGAACAUUCGGUUAUUUGCUUAACAGCUUCAAUAAUAAAUUUGUUUUGCAGACACUCUGCAUAUUAUAAGCAAGAAGGCACAAAUCCUUAUAAAAUCAUACCGAAAGAAAAUAGCAGGGAAAACCCGAAGUAUAGCAACAGAAAUAGCUUUGAUACCAAUCCAGGCUCUUCCAACAAUAUCAACAGCCAAUGGUUACCUGAGUUAAGAUCCAAAUUAGUGAUUUCAUCAUUACAAUUCCUCAAUGUUAUGAUAUGUCCUGAGGAAUCGAACACUAAAGUCACCAAGAAGAGAAUGGUUAAUACUGCUGUUUCUUACUUAGCUACUCUACAGAGGGAAUUUGACUUAAAACUAAUUUUGACCUCAGUAAUAAGAAUUUUCAAAUUACCAAUCGAUGCAGCCAUUGAUGAAGAUUCAAACUUAUUCACAUUUCCUACAGCAUCAUCAAGAAAAAAACAUCAAAAUUUAUCUAAUCAUAGCAGAACUUCAUCAUCAUCUAAUAUAAAAAGAUCGACAUCUAAUUCCUCUGCUACCUCUAGAUACGAUUCUAAUCCUAAUACUGUAACUGGUAGUCCAAAGUUAGCGAAUAUGAGAGAAAACAACACUAGUUCCUAUUCAUCACUACCUCCAUUACCGCCUAUUCUCUGUCAAAGUUUAGUAUUUUUGAUUAAUGUCAUCAAGAUAAACAAACUUGUAAAAAAUCAGUUUGCUGACAAGUUUGCAAGUAAAUUUGUUGUGUUUGCUGUUUAUUACUUAAAAUAUUACAACGAUAACCCGGAAUAUUCCCUAACUGUGAUACCGGUGAUUAACAUGCUUGCUCUCUAUCUAACUUCAAAACCGUUGGUACUUUUAAAAAUGCUGGAUCCCUUUAAUUCCAACUAUUACACGAAUAAAAUACCUAAUGCGUUUAAAUUAACAUCUGGAAAUAUUAACAAUUUGACGUAUAGGGACUUUACUGUGAUUCAACUUUGUAACAUUGCUGACUACGAAGUGAAAAACAAUAUCCAACCGAAUCCUAUUAUUUAUGAAACUCUUUACAACCUAAUACCUAUUGAUCCAAAAUGGUUAGCAUCUGAUACAUCAGGUGCAGAUGACGAAGAACUCACUUUACUGUCCAGAAAAAAAUCUAUCAACAGCAGUGGCAAUGGGUUAAAGAGCUGUGAACGUCUAAGUUAUAAUGCUUCAUUAGCUGUGCUUCACCUGAUAUCUAAAAUGUCAAGUAGAAAUUAUUUGACCACCUAUUCCACUCCAAGAAUAGCAUCCAUGGUGACAUCAAUACCAGCUUAUGUCCUAUCACCCGGUUUUAAGCUUGAUCUUCUGGCUAUUCUUUUGAGAGCUGUUUCUCUUUAUGUUGUCUCAAAUACAGAUGAAGCUAUGAACUUAAUAUUUGCUUUCGCACGCCAUAAGAGUGUAAUACUGCAACUCUCAGAAGUUAUGAACUCAAUUGCCAAAAAUUUUUCACCUACUAAUACACAAAUCUCAACUACUGAUAAAAACAUAAGGUUACGUGAUUUUUACCGAUUGCAUGAUCUAUCUUACAAUAACAUCAACUUUAGGAAAGCAUUUAAUAACGAUGAAGGUUUUCACAGAUCGUCUUCACCAAAUCUAAUAAAAAGUAACAAUGGAAAAAAUAAUGAUAAUAAUGACUCUGACAAUGAUUCUAUGGACAUGAACAGUUCUGCAUAUCUCGUGUUAACCAAGCCAAUUGCAAGAGAAUAUUCCAGUGACGAUCUUCGAAAUAAUAAUCUUACAACUAGGGAGCAUGCAGGCUCUAAUAAUAAUAAUAAUAUUAAUAGCAGUAAUGAUAAAACAUUGCAAGUUCUUGAGUACGUUGAUUUUAUUAAUGACCCAAUAAUCUCACUUGCAAACGAGUCUGAUUAUUUCAAAAUGAGACCUAAAUGGCCAGUAGGAAUUUCAAUGAAAUCCAAAGUUAAGUCUUCCAUGAAGAAAGAUUUUGUCAGAUCCUGGCAAGGGAAUGAUAGCAUGGUAUUACUAGUUAAGAUAGUCAAGGUGCUACUGUAUGAUUUUCCUGAGAUUGCAACAAUAAAUAACUCCGAGUACUAUGUACUUCUAAAAAAAAUGGAGGAGUCAAAGGAUCACUUUUUAUCUAUGAUAAAGGAUAACAUCCCUAUUUACAUGAGAACUGGUAGUUCUAUUCAGCACCAAAAACUUUCCAUAGAUGAUGAAUCCAAGUUUUCGACCAUAUGGUUUUACACGUUGUGCUGGUCUGACAUAUUCAACACUCAUUCUAGUCCCUAUAAUAAAUCAUUAAUAAAUGAACUGGAGGAGGUUGAGGAAACCAAUGACAUUAUCCCAACUAUUAGUAAUAAUGGCAGCAAUAUCUUUGCAGACCCUGGCUCACCAGUUUUGGAGAGAUGGAACUCCAAUAGUUCGAACUUAUCGCGCACCAAUAGUAACAGCAGCUCUUUAAUGGGGUAUUUUUUCCAACAGCCACAAUCUGCAAGCUCUAAUAGAAGUUCUGUAGACCACACAAGCCGUUUCAUCGAGAGUAAAAACGCAUCGGCCCCAACUAAAAAGGCAAGUGCUCCACAAAACAGUUCCUUUUCAUUAUUCAAAUUUUCUUGGACAGGUUUUAAUAAGAAUGGUAACAGCGAUGAUUGUGAUGUAAUAAAAGAGGAAGAGGAAACAACUGUUUCUCAGACAAGUACUAGAAAUGGUGUUAAUCAGCAAAUUUUUGUGAGCGCUUUGGAUAUGUCCUUACUAAAGUCUAAUAUAUGGGUUGAUACGAAAGUAAGGAUGUUCAUAGUCGAGAGAGAGGAAAAGGAAGAGUUUUCUCUUUUGGACAUGACUUCAACAUUCUUUAAGAAGUUAAAAUUCAACAAUUCUGCGGCGAUGAGUAAUUGGGAAUCCAAUAAUAUUCCGGGAUCUACUCCAUUAGCAUCCGUUCCAUUUGCCGCACGAAAUCCAAUGUUCUGA